AUGUCGCAAGGAGGAUACGCAGUAGUAGACGUGGAUGAUGAGAUAAACGAUCAAGGUAACGGACUCGAAUUCAAGACAUUUUUGCCUACCGAUUCUAAUGCACCUCGAGCUACAUCCCCUUCACCACCCCAUGUGCCCUACAGUCCAUUCAACUUGGCAUACUACCAGACGUAUUUUGAUGUCGAUACCAACACCGUUUUGAAGAGGGUAGGAAUGGCUAUGAUACCUCGUUCGGGAUUUAUAGCUGAGAAUUGUGAUGGUCAGAUUGAUCUUUACGGCCCAUUCUGGACAUUAACCACUCUAAUUCUCGUUCUCUACAUAACCUCAACGCUCCUCUCCUCGAUCACGCAAUACCUCCAAUCCUCCCAUGCAAAUUCCAACCUCCCCUUGCUCUCCACGGCAGUAUCAGUCAUAUACUUCUACGGACUCAGUCUUCCAGCGUUAUUAUGGGGAGCGACCAAAUGGCUGGGAGUAGGUGAAUGGGGUGUGGCUGAGGCUCUGGGUCUAUACGGUUAUUCAAUGGGUGUUUAUAUACCUGUUAGUUUACUGUGUUUGAUACCCGUUGGUAUACUUAGAUGGGUUUUGGUCUUUGGAGGUGCAGCAAGCUCAGGUUAUUUCUUAGUACAAAAUAUCUAUCCUGUACUUGCAUCAGCCGAUAACAAGAUGACCCGACUCCUCAUCAUUGCAGUCAUAGCACUACAUGGAGGAAUGGCAUUAGCCAUCAAAGUUCUCUUCUUCUCCAAUUCGACGAUAGGACCGGACCCCAUCCCUGAUCCAAUGUCAUAG